UCCAAGUUGUUUGAGUAUCGAAGCAAUUCCGCAAGGUGUCAAGAAGCUGAGAUUGAAGUAUCUCAUUCAAUAUCUCUGAUUUUCAACAAAAAUGAUGUCUCCGAAUCAAGUAUCUGAAGAUCGAGGAUCUUCUCAAUUUAGGCAUACUCCCUUGCAGAUAAUCCAUAUUAUCGGUAACUUCUUAAGAAUAUGGUCAGUUUAUUCCUUGUACCGUUACUUGUCUCAGACAGGAGCAUCAGUGGCACUUGUUAUCUUCAGUUGUCUGGUUCCAUCGUCCAUCCUGUUUUUGAUUUUGCAAAAGCCUUGGAAGGGGAGACCACUUGCUAACACCCAGGUAGUGCCAUCUAUCAUAAACGGUGGCAUAACAGCAUUGUAUUUCAUCUUGUGGGGAAAGGGCCUAAGGUCAUGUGGACCACAUAGAGCUAUUUUAGCAGAGUAUUCCGGUGCUGUUCUUGGGGUAUUAUCUGCAGUAUUAUAUGGCCGGAGGGGCAAUGUCUGGAAGAAGGUGGGUGGGCUCGUCGCAAUGUUGGCAUCUUUCUACUUCUUGUCUCAGGGGUGGGCGAUGGCAACAUACUCUCCCUUUUCAUUCAAGGAAAGCCUUGAUGUCGAGGUUCAGACAGAACAAGUGUUGGGUAUGAAAGAAAUGACAGUUCCAAUAGUUGCUGGUAUUUUAUCUGCUUUAAGAAGGGUGAUUGCACGACGUGUUUCACUCAAGAAUCAACUUAAAAGGAGACUUAAUGCGAUAACCAUUGCUUCUGCUACAUGUUUUCUAUUUCCUGUUGCCAUGUGGGACAUGAUCAUUGGAUCAACCUCUGUUAGCAGCACAAAACUGCCAUUUUCAGUUUGGGCCUUCCUGAGCACUAUUCUUUUUGGAGUCAUAUUGAUAUUUUAUGUUGACAGUAUUGCGGAGGAAAGAUUGCACAUGGUUUUCUCUUCUCCAAGGCAUUUAAUGGUAGCUGGAGGAUGCAUCAUUGUGAUGGAGAUUGUGUACAAAAUGGACUUUUCCUUGCCAGGAUUCUUAAUUUGCUCCUUCAUUUUGGGCUUUGGAAUAUACGAGGCCACUUCUUUGGAACGACCUAGGACGGGUUCCUUGCAGAAUUCAGAUCUAUCAAAUGGGAAGUUAGAUGAGCAAAUUCAGAUGUCCAGUCUGCCGACAUGAAGUUUUACGUCUCUCUCAUAAUGUUUUCCUCUACGCACACUGCUCUGAGGAUGCUUAACAGCAGUCAUGAAGAUCACUCAAACUAUGAAAAGAAAAGUUUUGUAGCAUUUGCAGCUCGCCCGAGAAGUUCUUGCAGGAGAGAGGCCGAUAUUGUUUUUCCCCCUAACUCAUGAUCAUCAGCUCAAGUUGACUUGGAUGGGAUCUGCUGAAAAUUUUCAAACACUGGAAAUAGGAUCUGAAAAUCAACUAGACUCUUUUAGCUUUUGAAGUACCAAAUUUUCUGUAUCAAAUUCCUCUCUGACAGUAAACGAGUUUGUGCACUUUUAACUGAGUUACAACAGAUCACAUCAUCAUAUA